UUUAUAAAUUAAUUCUGCAAACAGCAUAAGCGAAAUUAAAAAAUACAACAAAAACAUCAGGAAUUAAUGUAGUGCCUAAUGCAAUGUGUAAUAAAACCGAGUAGACAAGGAGGUGCAGCAGAUCAUUAAAUACCCGCAAACACAGUUACAAGGAAAAUAUAAAAUACAAAUUUAUAUUUAUUAUUGAAUAAAUAAGCAGAGUAAAUAUCACAUAUGCUACCCGUGAAAACAAAUUGAAUUAUACGGCAAAUUAAAUUAUGAAUGUUUGGCCAUUAAAGUGCAUACAACUUAAUUGAGGGUUACAAAGUGGUCUUGUCAACGAUUAAUAUCCAAAAAAAAAACUAAGUGUGAUAUCGCAGAUCGAAAAAUAACUGAAACUAUUUAAACAACAUUUUUGGCGAAGUAAAGAUCAGAAAAAGUAACGAUCAUGUUGGCCUUUCACAACGAACACAUUGCAAGUUGCGCUUUUCUGACUUAUUUCAGUCCGGAGACCUCCGCCACGCCUGCCACGUCGCCCUCAUCUGGGGCACAGACAUCGCUCCACAAUGACAAGCAAUCCAUAGCAGGGGUUGCCUAUCCAUGUGGCGCCCUAAACGUGCGGCGCUUGCGCUGGCAGCAGCAUCCACAAUCCCUUGGUUAUCCCUAUCCACGUCUGCAGCUGCAACGCCACCAUCAGCAGCAACCUCUACAAAAUCAACCAUCGGGUUCCGGCCGCCUCAGUUUGAGCAGCCGCCACAAUUUGCGCGAACUCUGCAAAACUCAGGCAAUUUGCUAACAGCAAUUGCAUUCCGCUGCAAGCGAUGCAAGUGCCACUUCAGCAACAACAUCAUCAACAACAUCAUUAAGAAACCCAACAUCAAGCAAUCCAGGAACAAUAUCAAGUCCAUCAGGUCAUCU